AUGGCCACACUCGUAUUAGGAAAAAAAAAAAAUACUAAGCUAAAGAAGAAAGCACAUUUAAUUAAGAGUGGAAACCGUUUCAUAGAAACAUUUGUUACAUUGCUUCAAAGUGUAAAUGUUUCCAAGGAAAUUCGUUCAGAGUAUCUGCAAAAGGUUCUGCAUUCCAUCUUCUUUUUUGGAUACAUUAAUAAUCCACCCAUCCCACCCGAGGCUUUUAUUCCUUCAGACAAGUUGGAAUACUUCAAGAAUCGGUUUCCACAGCCAUUCGAUGAAUAUUGUACCCACGUUCCCCUCCAGGCACCUUAUUCCAUCCUGCUAGAGUUUAUUGUAGAGAAUUUGCAAUAUACAGACCCGGAGAGCCUCAGAAAUCGGCUUUUGGCUGUAAAUAUAUCAUUACAGAAAUUGAGUGAAAAGCCAGCAAAUCAGGCGGUGGCCAAUGACUUCACAGCCUCAGUUAUUGCUCACAGCGACUACAAGGACGCCAAUGACAAAGUUCUGAAGACAGCGCACGGUUCAUCCAUUUCUUGCAAAGGGCUCGCUCAGCGGAGGAUCAUGAUACAUAUAUCUGUUCUGCACGUGUGGGCCAAGGCUAUCUCGUAUGCUGUGUGCCAGGAGGGGGACAGCCCUUCAAUUGUGUUCCCAAAUCAGGUGCACUGUAAAGCCUAUAGGUUUGAUCAGAAAAACAAGGUUUUCAAAGAGCUUCCUCCCUGCUCAAACUGUAACAAGACUUUCCCAAAUGUUAAAUUUAACCCCGUGGGUCUGACAAUUGACAAGGAUGAGACGUGGCCUUAUGGAAACUGUGCAGAGUACGAAUCGAUCAGCAAGCUCAUAUCGGGAUGCCAGGAUUUAAGAAACAGCAUUUCUACUGAAAUUGACAAAGAUGGCAGCAAAAUGGAUAUCACACAGAUUGAGGACACGUUCAGAAGGAGGUCUGAGGAGAUACAGUCAGCUAAACUCAAAGAACUCCUGGACUCACGGAAUAUCAGAAUCCAAGAAAGACCACUUUUGUUCCAGAUAGACAUGGGAGACUAAAGCAAAUCACUUUCACCUCAAACACACAUUUAUUUUGCCUCCUCUCACAGACAUUUUUAUACUGAGAGAGUCUGCCCUAUUCUCUAGUGUUUAGGACAAAGA